AUGCUUGGCUCAAUAUUCUUUAGCUGCUUAGCUGUCUUUUACCUCUCGUCAACUCCUACAGCAGCAGCAGCAGCAGCAGCAGCAGAAGUAGCAGCUGCUGCAGAAGUAGUAGCAGCAGCAGCAGUAGCGGAAGCAGCAGCAGCAGCAGUAGCUGGCCCUUCGGGGGUCAGGGCAGAGAGAGCAGCAGAAGGUAUUUCAGGUGUACAUGCUGGUACAGCAGCAGCAGCAGCAGCAGUUGCAGCAGCAGCAGGUGCUUCCUGUGACGGGGGUGUAUGCAAUGUCCCAGGUGUAGUGUCUGUACACCCCAAUGAGAAAGCAGCAUCAGCAGUAGCAGCAGCAGAAGCUGCAGCAGCAGCAGCUUCUGCUGCAGCAGAAGAUGGUGCUGCCGACUCAAACAACAGGUGCCCUCGAGGAUCAGCUGCUGAGUGCAGCAGCAGCAGCAAGGAGGAAACAAGCAGCAGCAAGAAGAACAACAAUAGCAGCAGCAGCAAGAAGAAGAACAACAGCAGCGCCAUCAACAAUGACAGCAGCAGCAGCAGCAGCAGCAGCAGCACCAGCAAGAACAACAACCGCAGCGCAACCCCGAACGACAAAAUAGGCAGCAGCAGCAACAGCAGCAGCAAGAACAACAACAACAGCAGCAACAACAAUAGCAGCAGCAGCAGCAAAAAAAACAACGACAGCAGCAGCAACAUCAAAAUCAACAUCAACAGCAGCACCAACAGCAACGACAGCAGCAACAGCAGCAACAGCAGCAGCAGCAGCAGCAGCAGCAGGGAAGAACCUCUGUGGUUUUUUGCAAGACAGCAGAAAGAUAAGCGCGAGCUUGCGUCAUUGAAACGUCAGCUCGAAGCAGCAGAUGAAAGUUUGGAGAAAAUUCGUCUUCGUUAUGCAAAGGAGAAAAGGGAGUCAAAGUUUUUAUAUUUAUUAUGGCGGCAUAUAAAGAAACAUUUUCUUCCUUCUUCUUGUAAUAUAAAUAAUAAUAAUAAUAAUGAUAAUUCCUUUGACUGCAGCAGCAGCAGCAUCAGCAGCAGCAGCAGCAGCAUCAGCAGCAGCAGCAGCAGCAACAGCAGCAAAUGCAGCAGCAGGUGUAGCAGCAGGAGGAGCAGCAUCAGCAGUCAUCUUGAUGAGGAUUGCCCAGAAGUCUGUACAGAAGCAACAGCAGCAGAAGCAGCAGAAGCAGCAAAAGAGGGCGCUUCUUCUCCUGCUGCUGCAACUGCUGCUGCUAGUGGUGGUGAUGGUGCUGCUGCUGCUGCAGCAGGCAGCAGCAGCAGCAGCAAAGACAAUCCUGUUAAGCGCGAAUUCUUUGUUGGCUCUUCUUUGCUGUCUCAUCGUCUUCGCCAAUUAACAACAAGAAAGGCAUUUGCUGCUCAACGUCUGCUGCAGCACAAGCGUGCAGCAGCAGCAGCAACAACAGCAGCACCAACAGCAACAGCAGCAUCAACAACAGAAGAAACAGCAGCAACAGCAGCACAGGCACCAGCGACAGCAGCAGCAGCAGCAGCAGCAGCAGACGCAGCAGAGAGUGCUGCUGCUGCUUUUUAA